GUUUGCAAAAUCCAAAAUAAAACGAGGGCGAUAUUGCUGGUAAUGCGUGCAAAACACGAUUUUAAGCGAUAGGCAUCGAUAGCUCGAUUUGUGCGAUAUUGGCACGAAGCUAACGGUUUUUUUUUUCAGAAAUCAUUCCGAAUUUUCGAAAAUAAAGCAUUUUGCUUCUUAUGUAUUGCAUAUUUCUACUAAAUCUUACAGAACACCACAUAAAAAGCGUAUGCAACUGUUUGUCAGCUGUUCCGCAACUGUUGCUGUUGUAGCGGUUGCUGUGUCCCUGGUUUCUUAUCGAUAACAGCUGCUGUUGUUUCAGUUUGUAUUUGAUAAAAUGAAUGUUUAUGUUUAACGCAAUUAAAAAUGGAUAUUUCAAGACUUGUGAUGUUGUGCGAGCAGAAUGAGUUGAGUUUCCUCAAUCUGCUCGAGUGGGAAGAAGAGUUUGACGACACGGUGGAUGGCUGCCGCUUUAGCUAUGAACGGCAACGCAGGAAACGAAAAGCGCCUCGCGAAUGGUCAAUUCCACGUACCGGUGCAUUCUGGGAGAAAAUUGUGCCUCACGCUACAGAUGAGGAUUUUAAGCAGCAUUUUCGCCUGGAAAGAAGUGACCUCAAUCAAUUGAUCGAAUAUCUAGGGUGUAUGAAAAAAGCAAACACAUCAUUCCGAAAAGCAAUUGCAGUGGACAAGCGAAUUGCCAUUGCAUUAUAUACCUUAGGGACCACAGCUGAAUACAGUGCGGUGGCGAAGCUGUUUGGCGUCUCAACUCCGAUGGUGUGCAAGAUACUCAAUCAGUUUUGCAAAGAGGUGAAACGUGUUCUUGGCCCGGAUUUCAUGCCACACGAAUUCCUGACACAACAGGCGACGCUUCAGAAAUGUGUACAAGGCUUCUACGAUGUCCACGGAAUUCCACAGUGCAUAGGCGCAAUUGGCUGCUGCCACAUGCAACUGAGCGUAAAUACGUUGCUUGCUCUAGUGGAUUAUCGUGGAAGAUUUCUGUAUGUGGAGUACAAGAGUCCAAGUAACCAGCCUGAUGCCGAGACAUAUAAAGGAAGUACAUUGCUAGAAAUGCUUGAUGCAUCACCUUUAAUCGAAUUAAACUACAAGAUUAUGGCGAGCAUUGCUGUUCCAUUGAUGCUUUUGGGUGACUCCAGCUACGAGAUGAGUCCAACGCUCAUAACACCGCAUCCAUCAAAUGCAACACCCCGGCAGAGUGUCUUUAACAAUGCUCUAAAUGAAGCCAGACACGUUGUGGAUCGUGCGUUUCUUGAGUUGAGAGCGCGUUUUGGCCGCUUGGCUAAGGGAUUAGAUACCCAGGGGAAACCCAAUGAUAUUAUUGACUGCUGUUGCAUAUUACACAAUUUCCUCAGCUACAAAAAGAGCAUAAUUUGCAACUCGUGGGUCAACAAUGUGCCAAAUGAUGUAAGCAAACCAGCAAACUUCACGCAUGCAACCAAGAGUGAUCCAGAAGCUGAAAUGAUACGACAAGCAAUUAGCACAAAACUCAAGGUAAGAGUUUCAUGUGCUCCAGAAUAGGAAAUAUAUCCAACAUCCAAGUCAAGGAUCAGAUUGCUCCCUUUUCCGGAGUCUGCCAAGAUCAACCAAAGACCUUUUGGAUAAUGCUAAAUAGAAAAUCAACUCGAUGCUAUAUAAACCAUUUAAGAUACUAAACUUUUUUUUUUAUUUAUUCAAGACUAUGAUCCUUAUUUAUUAUUAGUUUCAUCAUAUUUGUAUCUGCGUAUAAGCAUUUUGGAUGAGGCGAGAGUCGGUGAACCGUACAAACAAGUAUUUGGUAAUCCCCAUUCAGUCUCUUUCACCGGGAAGUACUCAUUUGUUUUUCUGUGUAAGAAGCAAAUAUUUUAGUAUAAUUAUAUAUUAUAUAUUGUAUUAUACUUUUUACCUUUCCAAACAAUCUGCGUACCAUGCGCCUUCGCGAUAAUUUUCUUUGCAGUUUACAUAUUCCCACAUAUCAGUAUCAUCGUCAAUCUUUGAGUACUUGCAUUGAUUAUUGUUUUGCCCAGAAUAAUUACCCAAACUGCUCACUAUAUAGUCAUUAUCUUUGCCAUCAACUCUAAAAUUGUCCAAGUGAACGUUGCUGACUCUUCCAUCAUAGUCCUCCAUUUGAAUGAGAAGCUCAUAGCGUGUCGAGUUCGUUAGUUGAUGAAUCUUUUCUAAGCCUAGAAAGAAGUCGCCCGAGAAGGAACCAAAGCCUGCAGAAUACGUCG